AUGAGAUCAGACUUUAAGUUCUCUAAUUUGCUUGGAACAGUGUACAAAAAGGGGAACUUGGUAUUUACGGAAGAUGGAACCAAACUUUUAUCCCCUGUUGGCAAUAGAGUAUCAUGUUUUGAUCUAAUAAAAUCUCAGUCGUUUACUUUCAGCUACCAGCAUCGCAAGAACAUACAAUGCAUGGCUUUAAACAAACAAAAUACGCUUUUGAUAUCCAUUGACGAAGAUGGACGAGCAAUACUUUUAAAUUUUGUUUCUCGGGUAGUGCUUCAUCAUUUCAACUUUAAAUCCGAAGUUAAUGCUGUUGCAUUUAGCCCUUGUGGGAAAUACCUCGCUGUGGCCAUUGGAAGAUUUAUUCAAGUUUGGAAAACUCCUGAUUUCACUGAGGAUAGACAAUUUGCACCAUUUGUUAGACACAGAAUUUACCUGGGACAUUUUGACGAUGUGUUGAAUAUAUCGUGGUCUCAAGACUCUCGAUUCUUCAUAAGUACAAGCAAAGACAUGACAGCAAAGAUUUAUUCCCUAGAGUCAGAUGAGAAAAACGUUGCUAGAACCUUUUCAGGACAUCGUGAUUACGUUGUAAAUGCGUUUUUCAGCAAGGAUCAGGAAAUCAUUUACACCGUUAGUAAGGAUGGAGCGUUGUUCAAAUGGGAAUUUUCUGAACUAGACCAUGAAGAUGAGGAAGAUGGCGAUGAGCAAGGUCAAAAAGUUUCAAACCCAGAUUGGAGAAUCACCUCAAAGGACUUUUUCUACGCCAAUGGAAAGCUCAAAUGUGCCACAUUUCAUGCAAUGUCUUCUCUAUUAGUUGUUGGAUUUUCCAAUGGAGAAUUUCGAGUUUACGACAUCAGUGAUGGUUUUACUCUUAUACAACUGUUAAGUAUGGGCCAAAACACUAUAAACACUGUAAACAUCAACAACACCGGGGAAUGGCUCGCUUUUGGCUCUUCGAAGUUGGGUCAGUUGCUAGUUUACGAGUGGCAAAGUGAAUCAUAUAUCCUCAAACAGCAAGGUCACUUUGAUUCCAUGAAUACACUUUACUAUUCACCAGACGGUUCACGAUUGGUUACAGGCUCGGACGAUGGAAGGAUAAAAAUUUGGGAUGUAGCUUCUGGUUUCUGUUUGAUGACUUUUAAUGAGCAUUCAGCUCCUGUAACUCAAGUACAGUUUGCUAGAAAGGGACAGGUAUUGUUUUCGUCGUCGUUGGAUGGUACAAUUCGUGCAUUUGAUUUGAUUCGGUUCAGAAAUUUCAGAACAUUUACUGCCACUUCUAGAAUACAAUUCAAUUGUCUUGCUGUGGAUCCAAGUGAGGAGGUAAUUGUUGGCGGGUCUCAAGAUAGUUUUGAAAUUUAUGUGUGGUCGGUUCAGACUGGAAAUUUAUUGGACUCGUUGACCGGUCAUGAGGGACCAAUCUCUUGCUUAUCUUUUGGUCAAGAAAAUUCUGUUCUUGCUUCCGCAUCUUGGGAUAAAACGGUUAGAAUAUGGAAUAUAUUCUCCAGAAAUCAAACAGUUGAACCAAUCGAGGUGCAAAGCGAUGUCUUGUGUAUUAGCAUGAGACCGGAUUGUAAAGAGUUGGCAGUCUCCACUUUGGAUGGGCAUAUUGCUGUUUAUGACAUCGAGGAUGCAAAGCAAUUACAUUUAUUGGAUGGAAGAAAGGACAUCAUUAGCGGAAGAUACCUUGAAGAUAGGUUUGUGAGCAAGAACUCAAAGCGUGGGAAAUACUUUUCCACUAUCACGUAUUCCUUUGAUGGUCUUACGCUAUUGGCUGCAGGUAACAACAAUUCUAUUUGCAUGUAUGAUAUCGACAGUGAAGUUUUGUUGAAAAGGUUCGUUGUGUCUGAGAAUAUGUCCAUUGAUGGAACUCUUCAAUACUUGAACAGCCGCAAAAUUACAGACUCUGGUCUCAACGCUGACUUGAUAGACAGAAAUGGUGAGAAUAGUGAUUUGGAGGAUAGGCUUGACAACACUUUACCAGGGUCACUGAGGGGAGGAGAUCCAAGUGAGCGUAGGGUGAGACCCGAAAUCAAAGUCACCUCAGUCCAAUUCUCACCAACAACAUCCUCAUUUGCUGCUACAACCACAGAGGGAUUAUUGGUGUAUUCCGUCAAUCAAGACUUAGUUUUUGAUCCAUUCGAUUUGGACAUUGAAGUUACCCCUGAAUCUGCAUUAGAGUCUUUAAAAGAGAAGGAGUACUUGAUUGCAUUGGUUAUGGCAUUGAGAUUGAAUGAAACUUAUUUAAUUCAUCAGGUCUUGGAAAGUAUCCCUUUGGUAGAUAUCAAGUUAGUGUGUCAAGAUAUUCCCGAGAUAUAUGUUGACCGAGUUCUUCACUUCAUUGGGGAACUAUUGAACAAGCAUGACUCCCCUCAUAUUGAGUUUUAUUUAAUCUGGAUCAAGUGUAUCUUGAUGCUGCAUGGAAGGUUCAUCGCUGCAAAUAAAUUCGGAUUUCGUUCGUCGUUGAAGUUGUUAUCUAGGUAUUUGAAUAAGGUUGCGAAGGAGAUGGUGAGAGUUGGAAAAAGGAACGAGUUUUUGAUGACCUUUUUGAGCGCUAGCAAAAAAUUGACUGAGGAGAAUACCAAGGAUGGUGGUGACAUGGUAUUUGAAGUGGACGAAAGUGACAAAGACUUAGAGAGUGAAAAUGAUCUCGACGACGAUGAAGGCUGGAUCAAACCAGAUGUAAAAACAUCCACAGGGAAGGAUGCGUUUGCAGAUGUAGAUAGUGGGAGCGACGAUGAGAUGAUAGAGGUAUAG